UCAAAUAUUAUAAUUUAAAAUCGAUUUUCGAUUAUUUUUCUCACAUAUGUGAAUAGGCAAAUCAACAGUCAAAAAUUGAAAAUCAGACUUACCAGACCCGAUAAGAGUACAAUAGUAGUGUAUCUCUUGUCCUAAAUUGUCCGUACAUGUCAUCGUCACCGUGUGUUAUAAUUUCUUCACUGCCACUAACAUAAAACCCCCAAGGCCAAAUGCCAAACACUGAAACACGACAAAAAACACAACAGUACACAGUUAAAAACAAAAACAAAGCUCUCUGCUCUCGUUGUCUGUUACAGUGUAUGUUUAAAGGCCAUACUUCCAAAGUGACAGAAAGAGACAGAGUUAUUUUGAUUUCACUUUCCCACAUAUUCUCCAUUCUAACUUCUUUUUUUUUGGCGAAGAAAACAAAAAGAAAAGAAAGGAAAAUCGUUCUUGUAUCGAAGCAAUGGUUAAGUGCUAUCCUCUCAACUUUCUCUUUGUAAAUAUUGCUUUGGCUUGCCUUGAUGCGCUUCUUGCGUUUAUUGCCUUCUUUCAGCUCUUUAGGAUUCACCUGCAGAAUCAACAAGUUGGGUGGACACGUCAGAAAGUUCUUCAUCUCUUGAUAGGCUCUUCUAGUUGUGGUUAUUUCAUUUAUUUUUUGUGCAUGGUUGUUGCCACAUGCCAAAGGUGGCUUUGCUGGUCUAAUGUGUGUGGCUUUGUUCUCAUGGCCUUCCCCAAGAUUCUGUUUUUGGCUGCAUUUCUUCUUCUCCUAUCUUUCUGGGUCGACCUUUGCCAUCAGGCAAAUGAUGAAGAGGAUGGUGAUGAAGAAAAUGGUAGUCAGCAGGUUUUGCUGGAAAGUUCAAAGAACAAGGCAGGCUUGUCAAACACAGAUAGUCGUUGGAAAUGUUGCUCAUUCCAAGGCAUUCAUGUUGAUAGCAGACAAAAAUUUGUUAUUGUGGUCAUUAUGCUAAAUUUCAUCUUAAUGAUCUCCUUGGCUGCAAUAAUCUGGACUAGUGCAGGGAAGAAUCCUAGUGAUUCUUUAGUAAUUGCUCGGGUAUAUAUAGAUUUUUCUGCCACAACAGUACUUAUAAUAGGUGGAGCUUUCGGUUGCUAUGGUUUCCUUCUAUUUUCUAAAUUGAGGAGAGUACGGUCUGAGAAAGCUUCAUCAGAAAUGUGGAAGGUGGUUGGUUUAGCAGUUGUCUCCGUCUUGUGUUUCAUAUCAAGUUCUUUGAUAGCUCUUCUUACAGAUAUUCCUCUUUUUCAUCAUUGGAAUCUCAAGAAGAUAAAUGGUGUAAAAGCACUGGUUCUUCUCAUUUUGCACUAUGUGAUAGGUUCAUCAGUCCCCUUCGCUUUUGUAUUAUGGUUCAUGAGAGAGCUGCCAGCCCCAUCUACAACUAAUAGGCAAGUGCAGCCUAGAGCAAUAACUUUUAUCAGUUAUGGAGCAGCAGGAAUGCAUCAUCCUCAAUACGGGGCUACUGCUACAAGUUCAAAAAAUCAGCUAGUCUAGUGUCAUGGUCAGGCCUUGGUGUGCCUUGGUCCUGCCAUGACUGACCCUGAGCUGAGCAUCCAUCGAGACCUAGCUGGCGGGAAAGUGGUUCCAAGAGAUGCGGGCGUGCAUUUGGAGCAUUGGAACACGUUACUAAUAUGUUGUGCGGGCAGUGGGAGCUCUAGACCGCAAGAUACGCGGGUAAGUUCGGGACAAUGGUUAAGCACCCUCGAGCCAAGUACUCUAGCGGGGGGCCAUCAGUGGAAGCAGCGUGCGAGCAUUCUGAGCAUGGGAAUAUGUUGGGGAUAUUGUGCAUGGAUAGUCUGAGCCCUAAAUCCCAAGAUAUGCAGGUAAGUGUGAGGCAAUGCGCCGGUGCCCUGGGACCAGCUAGCCAGUCAGGUACUGUCGGUCGAAGCCAUGUGCGGGCACCUUCGAGUGGGUUGGUAGAGCAACGAGUAGAAUCAAGGAAUAAUGGUGACCAAGAGGAAGGUUAUGGGACCCGGAGUUAGCCGGAGAAAGGCCCUAAGAUGGCUGGAGAGAAAAGUGUCCCAAUUUCAAACAAUUUUAUGGUUACUGUAGGAGACUAGGAAAAUCUCUUACGCUCUUUAUAGGAGGAUGACUGGUUUCAGCUAUCCACCACCCCUUUGGCUAACGGGUAGGCAGGGGCCUGGUUAGUUUGAAGUGAGCUACUCCUAGGCACUAGUGGUGUCUAGGUGGGCGGGCAUCGGAGGGUCACCAAUGUGGCACAAUGUUUCCUCGGGUCAUGGUAAACCCGGGGACGGUUGGGGCCGGCGGGCCUCAUAUGGCGCCUUUGUGUUGAGCCAUGGGGUUACGCGGCAGAGUUCGCUAUGCCCUCGGUUUCCCCUCCCUAAGCCAGAAAGAUCAUGAGAUGGUGUUUGUGUAGGAGGGACGCCAUCGAGCCUGAGGGAUGUGCGAGCUAGCAGGCAGGCACGUUGCUAGACCCAAUCGGUAGAGGUGGUGCUGCAGCUGGGGCUGCCCACCCAAGUCCCCUUCGCGGGACUAGCAUGAUGUUGGGUGUCAAUCAUGCAUGCGGGCAGUUUACAUUGAAGCUAAGGGCCUAAGCCCUAAGAAUUGAGUCCCAUGGGAUGAGAUGAGCCUAGAGGCUCCGAGUUGGCUGCUGACUAGCAUAAGUGUUGUGCUUGCGUAAACUUGAUACGAGAGUUCGUGUACGAUACGGGUGGGCAUGGUGUUGGGUUCUCACCAUGUCAAGAAGUAAUAAUAUCAUAAGAAACGGGGCUGCGUCCCCACGGAUAUUCGAGAGUCGGUGCUUGAGACCUUAAGCCCUGCGGACAGAGAUGGGUGCUCGGGCCCACUUUGAGAAUCGUGGGCUGAUGAGUGACGGGAGUUGGGUUCCUCCCUAUAGAGUUCAGAAUGAGUAACCCUACAGGGUCAAAGCCAAAGAAAAGGCUCCUAUGUAUUCGGCUUGAAGGAUUGAAAUUGAGCUGUCCAAGGAAAAAUGGACUCACGGAAGGCUGACCUCGACUAUGAGUAGUCUUGGUGCCGCAUGGAUGUGUGGUUUCAGAAUAAGGAACGCGUGGACCGUGACAUCCAGCUUGAACCUGCUCUUCAAACCUUUACUUACUACUUAGUAGCAUUAUUCUUGGAGGAGUUGCCUCAAAUUGCAUUUUCUAACUCUGGACUAUUUACCAGUUUACCAUAUGGGAAGGAAGAGUAGGCAUGAUACGGUGCUAAUAUCCUACUACUUAAUAUGGUGCUAAUAUCUAUAUUUAAACUCACUUGGUGCUAAUAUCCUACUACUUAAUAUGGUGGCAUCCAGUUGACUCAUGUAGCCAAUUUUAAGAGGCGGCAUCUAGUAGAUCUUGGAUUCAAAUAUCAGCAUUUACAAUUCAUUCCCUUAUUUUCUGGCUGCAGCC